AUGUCCACGUAUCAUGUCGUGGAGUUCCCAAGACUUUAUGUGGGUGUGGCAUCCAGGAUGCUUCAAAAGCAGCUCUUUCCAGAUCCGGAGGAGACUCGCACCUUCCUGGUUGAAGAUGACAGCAGGCUUCCGUGGCAGAUGGUUGGCGAGGCAGACAUCAGGUGGAGUUGGUGUUUCAAGCCCAGAGACGAGAUGGGCAAGGAUCUCGCCAUGUGCCUUCAACAGUUCGACAAUGAUCGCGAAGAGUUUGAAGCGAAAGUGGUGCAGUGGCUGCAAGGGGGAGGUGUCCCAGUUAGCAGCAUGCCGGUGCGAAGUUCCAUGGCCCUGGGAAGCUUUCGGGAUUCCCUUUCGCUUGAUGGCCUCAUGAGCAUGAGCAUGGGCAUGGGCAGUAUAGAAGUCGCGCCUCCGCAGCUGAUGCAUUUAGAAGAGCGCCUGGAAAGGCUUGGUACCGAGGUCUUCAACAUGAAGAGAGCCCAGGACGUGGACCAUGUGCGCAAGGUGGACAAGGAAGACCUUCAGCUUGUGGUCGCGCGUCUUGGCGCACUUGAGAAGUUCAACAUUCCAGAUCUGAAGAUCCGCAUCGAGGCUCUCGAGGGUGACACCAAGUUCAGCGCACAGAACUUGGUGGAACUCAGGGAGAAGGUCUUCAAGGUAGAAGCAGUGGCAGCACCACGUUCUGAGCUGGCAAAGGUGCAGAAUGGGUUCGAGGAGUUGAGGUCCGACCAUCAAGCCAUGAAGGUCGAGCUGAAAGAAGCCUCUGCAUCCAUGUACAAUGCCAACCGCAAGUUCAUCCACGAACUUCAAGAGGUGAAAUCUUGGACACAAAACUCUAUCACCGUCCUCCACAAGCAGAAGGUGGACAGCCCGGACCUGGCUGCCAUUACGGACAAGGUCUUGAAGCUGGAGCAGUCGAUCAAGGACAAUCGCCGAAUUCUCGGAGAUGGUGGUGGCCAGGAGAUCAAUGCGGUUGUCAGACGCAUCAUCCUAAAUCUGGAGGACAAAAUCAUGGUGCUAGAGAAGAAAAUCGAUGCCCUGGCAGAUGGACGUCCCCCGAAGGACAUCAUGCCUCGAAACGAAUCGCCAGCUCACAAGCAUGCAGUCUCUCAUUCAUCAGAGGUGCAGGAGGCCAGAGAAUCCCAGCCAAGUGGCCAAGAAACCUUGCAGUCCUUGCAUCGUCCGCACGAGGCAGCUCUGCAAUCUGUCAGUGAGGAGUUGACUGCGAUGACAGAUGCACCUGGGAUGCAACUUCUUGCGGAGUUUUCCGUCUCAAGGCCAGAUUGCGCCAGCACCGGCACGGCCUACCGAGGCUGUGGCCAGACUGAAGCAGGACAUCUGCGUCAGCAAGGCCAGCUUUCCCAGGCGAUGCGCGCUGUGCAUGUGAAAGCUGCCGCCUAUCUGAGUCCGUUGGUUGACGGUUGUAGGCUUCUCUUCAGGGCGCGCAUCUGUACGCAUGCCUGGGUGAAAGUUUUCGAUACUGGGAGGACGGGAGAGAAGAUGUCCCAAGCCCAACAUAUGCGGAGCUCCUUUGUGCAGAGGCUGGAGGCGAUGUCUCUGUCAUCCUCGCCCUGUCUUGACGCCUGUCACCGAAGAUCUUUACGAGACAUCGUUGACACUGACAGCGAUGCAAGAGAAGCUUCCGAAGGCGACACGACGCAGCACAUGUCCAGGUUCUCUACAGUCCGACGGGCGCCUCUCCUUGCGACGGCUGCUGUUGAGCCACGUCGAGAGCUCGCGCGGCACCGUUCUACCUCAGGAGCCUUUGGAGAUCCCGAGCCUUGUCUGCCACCCUCUCGUCGUCCUGAGCCUCUGGAAAUCUCAGAAGGGCCCAUCCGCAUGGGUCACAAGGUGCAGGGAUCGCCAAGCGAGCUGUCCACGGCUCCUACAGCUCAUGAGGAUGCUGCUGCGCAUGACCCUGUUGAUCCAGGAGCCAUGGCAGGGUGCCAGAUCAGCUCGCCUGUAGGAAGCGUUGCGCUGGUUUCAGCAGAGUUUGAUGCUGACAGUGCAGGUCGCAUUCUUGCUGAAAGUCGGUGGUCAAGUCUGAGAGAUGAAAGCUGCCCAGUCCGGAAGCACUCUCUGCCAGCCCCUGUUCCUGCACGAACAGCUGAGCAGGACAAUGCUGACGAGACAGUGGCGGGGCUGCAGGAGCGCCUGAAUGUCCUCUUGGAACUUGCUGGCACAUCGCGGAGCAGCGCGCGGAUACCACAGGCUUCUGUUGAAGAGCUUGAGACCGAUCUGGUUCAAGUCACAGGCCGAGCUCGUCGCCUUUGGAAGGCGGUGGAGUCCGGGGAGGUCAUGGUGCGGGAUCUUGAGGCUCGGCUAGAGAAGUCAGCAUCAAGCUCCUCCGCAGCUCCAGUCGUGCAGACGUCCGGGCCAGAGGAAGCAAGCCUUCGGAUCGCCCACGCUUCCCAUCGGCAGCCAGAAGCGCGAACAUGGCAGGAGGAGCAAGAGCUCGCAGAGCGGAUUGUCCACCUUGACCAUGGUCUCAGAGAAGCAGAUGCGAAGGCAGCAGAUGAGAGGAGGAAGUCCACAAGGCUGAGGGCUCGAAUCGCACGCAUGCGCCAGGAAUAUCAGAACUGUAUCUCCGAGGUGGCUGGCAGCCGCAAUGCCAUUGAGCGCUAUAGGGCGGAGGGUGUGCGCUGGCGCGGGAUUCUUCAAUCACAACAGGAUCAAGAGCGAGAACGGCGCCAGGCCGACAGCAAGCUGAAGUCUCGGCUGAGUGGUUUGGCAGUCCAGCCUGUGCCAGUUGGCGAGGAGGACAGCACACUGAAGAUUGCCAAGCACGUGGGUCAGUGCUUGGCAGAAGCGUGGAGGGCAGGCGCCGCUCGCCGAGCAGAGAAGGAGAAGCUGCAGGGGCACCGCAGCAAACUCGAGAGCCUCCUGUUCACCGCAAAGGCAGACAUGGAGCUGGAGACACAGCGCCUCGUAAGAGCAGAAGAGGAGCUGCAACGACUCGUCGCAGAUCAAAGAGCCAGAGAGCGUGUCGUCAAAGAAGAAUACGCGGUGGCUCGUGCCACGAACUCCCUGCUCUCAGAGGAGAGGUCGGUUUGGCUGCAGACGAGGCCAAAGCUGCUGAACUUGCUUGAAAGUGGCCGUCAAGUUCCAGGUGGAGGGGCUUCCAAGCCAAUGCAGGAAGGGCGAAGUGCUUCGCCGCGUGAAGGCAUGGGACCAGCUCAGGCCCUGCGAGCUGCCGAGAGGGAGAACAAGGAGCUACAGGCCACCAUUGCUGCCUUGGAAAAGGACAAGGUCUUCUCCCCUGGGCCUCCGCUUCCGGAGAAAGUCCACAAUGUAUCCUUGAACUGCCCAGCGUCAGAGAAUUUCGUGGAGUCGGGUUUGGGUCAAGAAGGAGCCGGCACCAUGGGCGAGAGCCUGCCUUGUCGGGGGCAGCAGAACCUCGAGCUGGCCAGUCGGCUGCAUGUCUACGUGCAGAGCAGCUCCAUAGAAGGUAUGGACGACGAGGGCACUGCAUUGUCUCUGAAUCGAGUGCAGGUGAUGAUUGCGGCAGCUGCACGGCAGCUUGUCGCUGGCAAUAAGUGGAUCACGAAAGAGGUCUUCGAUGGCCGACUGGAUCAGAUACGCAGCGAAUACCUCAAAGAGCUACGGCAGAUCCAGGCAAGGCUCGAGGACCAGUCGAGUUCGAAGGCCCUCGGCGUGACUCCCGUGGUGACAGUUUCUUCCAAGCUGCCCAAGAUGAUGCUGCAGCACAUGCCCAAUGAGGCAACUGCUGCCAUCCAUGCAGAGGCCCCCGACCGGCUUGGAACAGCUCCGGCCAGUGGGACACGACCAAUUCCUGCAGUUGCACUCCCCCUUAGUGCUCGGGGUGGUGCCCUACGCCCGUCUACAGUGGACAGCAGGCCACGAAAAGGGCGCGAUCGAUGA